UUCUCGAGACAACAGAAACGGUUUUGACCAUGAACGCAGUGCACGUGUAUGCAGUGUGCGCUGGAUUCUUGAGGCGUGCGCACGUGAAUUCUUGAAGCUUUUCAGUGUAGCUUCCUUGUACGAAAGAAUUGGAAUUUUUGAAUUGCAAAAUCGGAACCUUUGGGGUUCUGAUGGGGGGUUGGGCAAGAUGGGCCCAGUCAGCGAGGAUAACAUUCCAUCCUCAACCCAGACUAUAAAUGUCUCACGAACCGUGCAGUCAACCGAUCUGUUCACUCCAUACAGAGAGCCAAGAGUUACAUUGCCAACUAUUGGGACAUUCCAGCAAGACGCGCUACCGUUUGGCGGGAAGUACUGGGGCGGACCCUUGACGGAGUAUGGCGGGAUCGGAGACUUGGCUUUCAUUGGUCGGCAGCGAGUGAGAGAUUUGGAAGUUACCAGAAGUCAUAGACAUUACCGGAGUGGAUUCAGCAAAUAUUUGGCCGAAAUUCAACCGUAUCGACUGACACAACUUCACCUCAGCGAGUGCCGAAUCAAUGAUCAGAUACUUCCACCUCCACUUCAAACAGACAUCAGCGGGCUUAAUUGGCAGCGAGAGGACCCCUGGCCCAACAGCCAAGCUUACGGGACUCACCGCUCAAUAUUCGAGGUCUUCCCUUCUAUCAAACCAGAACCAUCGCAGCAAGACCGAGAGUCAGCGUGUAAUUUCAGGAGCUUCAAAGCACAGCCGCUUGGAAAGGCGACCCAGAAGGCACUUCUUGAUCUCAACAAGAAACUCUAUCAGACGACACGUUACGUGGAUUCAUACCGCAACUACUGUUCCUGCCAAAAACUCGACCAGCCGAUGCCAGACGUGCCUGAUUCAGAAGACGGCACUGAUGCAGGACAGACAAAUGACGCAGAUGAUGAAGACGAUACUGAGGACAGUGAAGAUGAGGAGAAAGAAAACGAAGAAGUAUCAGAUGAAGAAACAAGGGAUGGUGUCAAAGAUGCUCCUGACAAGUCAGAAUCUAAUUCGAGUCUCCUCAAGAAAACUUCCACCAAGAGCGUUACCUUCAAUGACGCCCCACAGAUCAUGGACGAAACUUUUCAUCAAAUGAAGGUCAUACCGAAUAAACCAAUGGCAGGCGUCGGUCCACGCUGGCCUCCUGGUGACAGUUACGUCAUCGAUAGCAUCAAUGGUUGUCAGUUGGUCGAACGAGCCGAUAUUACCCAAUCACAGCCUGCGUACUAUGGCGUUACGGGACCAACCGCAGAAACGAAACCACCGCGACUUCUGUCUGCCAGAGCUAGACUUGCCAAACAAUUCAAGGGCAACCUUGCUCAUGGUCAGGGCAGAGGGCGCGCUCCUACCUUAGUUGCCUCCCUGAAAUCACAAGAUGCGUUUUUGAAAGAGAGAAUGCCAAAGUUACAUCAUGCAGACGGGCAGCAUUAUUCAACCAAUCAGAGACAAGAUGGCACUGCGUCGGCCAAUGGGAUUGCAUCUUGUUGCCGAGCAACUGACGUAGUGAAGAAUUCAGGCAUCAAACUUCCCGUGGUUCGGACCAAUCAGACCAUUGACCAACCCUUUCUUAUACCACCGAGCUUCCGUAAACCAUCGCUGGUACUGCCACCAGCUCCAUUGGCUGAUUGCCUACCAACCACUGGUUCCCGUACUCCACAUAAACUUGGCCUCCGAUACAAGUCAGAAGCACACAAACGGUACCAUUUAAUGUAUCCCGACAACAUACCUGACCUCAGAACCAACCGAAAAGAAGGGAAGAAGUAUUUUUUCUGUAACUUUCACUCCUCAGUUUUUAGAGGAUAAUUUUCAUCAAUGCGCGCUCUGGAACAUAAAAAACAGUUAUGAGUCCUUAAUACAAACAGUUAAUUUUGGUAAGAAUCUAUAAUUAUUAUUGAUAAAUCAAAACCAAGAGCGCUGGGCGUUAUUCAAAGCAUCCCCAUCCUUUUAAAACGGCAUCGGAUAGAGGGCGCCAUACUGAACAACCACAACAUUUAAGAAGACUUAUCAAACAACAGAGGGCGCAAUUCCUAAUGCAAAAAAUCGCUCUCUGCAAGAGUAGAGGGCGCCAUACUGAACGACCACAAAUUUUAAGAAGAAUUAUCAAUCAACAGAGGGCGCCAUUAAUAUUGUAAAAAUAAUACGCUCUGGCUCUGCUAUACAAGUCUAAUUAAACUAGUUUAAAAAUAUAUAUAAUAAAUUGCAGUUUCAAAGAGCCCUGUGAUAUUGUUCAUAAUUGAGUACUUUUUACUUUUUGCGGUUUUUGUAAUCUUGGUAUGGUGUAUAUUGAGAGAACAUUUAAAUUUGAUACAGUAUAAAAUAUACCAGCUUCAUCCCAAAACUUAUCACGCACUUUGGGCAAUUUUAUUUAUUUAUUUUGAACAAUAUUAUGUCCCUAAGUACAUUCUGCUUCUUUUAGGACCAGACCUUUGAAACACAAUUACCGUCAUCAUUUGAAAAACAGCAUCUUCAAAAUUUAGGAUUAAAUCAAGAUGAAUUAUUUUUUAAAGUUUUAAUCAAUUUAUAUAGUCUUUUUAUGUGUACAGAUACUUAUUGUUCGAUCUACUUGUCAAUUGUCUUAUCUGUUGCCAUGAAUGUAGGCAUUGUAAAUUUGAUAUUCCAGUCAUGCAUUGCCUUGGUCUUAAUAAUGGGGGUGGUUUGUUUGGUUUUCUAAGAGCAAUAUUUUUUUCGAUGGGAUUGGGUAUUUUCUUUAUGAACAUGCAUAUGUUUCUGUUUUCUUUGUACUUGAUUGCAUUUUAGGGAGAGCCCCCAGAAAGUGAUUAAGUUCGCUUUUGGCAAUCCUUCAGGGAUGUUAUCAAUAUUUUUAUUAAUUUUUUUUUGUUCUUUGUAUUUUUGUUACACUGGCUUGUUACCUUAAAUGUUUGUAUUGUAUUCUGUGUUUACGUGUGUGUUCUUACCUGAGAAAUAAUAAAUGAAAUGAAUGAAAAUCUCA